AUGCGCAGUGCGCUCUUCCUUUCCUUUUUUCUCCCCCUGGCUCUGGGGUGCGACAAUCCUGCCGAACAUGCCUGUGCAGCUGUUUACACUGCCUCCAGAUCUGCCGUAAAUGAGUUCUGUGCCACUUUUACCACAGAAACGGUUACAGCAACCACUGGCUUACCGGAGUGGGCUUCUGCGUGCUCGUUUGAACCAAAGAAACUGUCCAGUGCCUGCAGUUGCCUUGGAACAGCCUGGACUACGACUUCUGCCGAUGCGACUGCAACUAGUUCAAUCCCUACAGCCACGAGUCCCACUGAGUCUCUCACCGUAGUGAGCUCGAGUGCUCAAAGUACUCUGCUCACCACCACACGCCCUGCUUCUCGCAGCACGGUCUCGGCUACCGUUCCAACAUCGACUGCAAGCCCUACUACAACUAGUUUCUCGUCUUCAACCUCCGUCUCAACAGUUUCCGCGGCCCCAGUUACGACAGCCCCUACCGUGGCGACAGAAUCCGCAUGUGUAGUCACUGAGUAUGCUUCAAUCUCGUCUGCAGUGAAGUCCUGCACCAAUAUUGUCUUGUCCAACAUAUCUGCGCCACCAUCGAGUACAAUUAACCUGCAAAGUCUCCAGACUGGUGCUACUGUUACUUUCGCCGGUACAACAACCUUUGGCGACACGUACGACAAGGACUUCGACACCAUUGUUAUUUCUGGCACCAAUGUGACCAUCACCGGUGCCGAAGGACAUGUGAUUGAUGGUAACGGACAGGCCUAUUGGGAUGGCAAGGGUUCCAAUGGGGGUCAAGCCAAACCAAACCAUUUCAUCGUUGUCAAGGACUUCUACUACUCCGAGAUCACGAAUCUUAACAUCCAGAACUGGCCUGUUCACUGCUUCGAGAUCGAGAAUGUCGAGCAUGUCACUAUUGCUGGUCUUCUCUUGAACAACACUGCUGGUGACGAACCCAACGAUCGUAGCGGCAAAAAGGCAGCGGCACACAAUACCGAUGGAUUCGACAUUUCAAAGAGCGAACACGUCACUCUGCAGGACACCUCGGUAUACAACCAAGAUGACUGUGUUGCCGUCACUAGUGGCAGCCAAAUUGUGGUUAGCAACAUGUACUGCUCCGGUGGCCAUGGUCUAAGUAUUGGAUCAGUUGGUGGAAAGAGCGACAAUACCGUAGAUGGAGUUACAUUCGAGAACUCUCAAAUUGUCAACAGUGAAAAUGGAUGUCGAGUCAAGUCCAACGCGGAGACCACUGGAAGUGUCAGCAAUGUCAUCUACCAAAACAUCACUAUUUCCGACAUCACCGACUACGGCAUCGACGUACAGCAAGACUAUCUCAAUGGCGGUGCAACGGGCAAACCUACCACCGGCGUUCCCUUCACUGGAUUCUCUUUCAUCGACAUCACCGGAACGGUAACUGACGACGGCAAAGACUACUACAUUCUUUGCGGUGAUGGCAGCUGCUCUGAUUUUACCUUUAGCGGGGUCUCGAUCACCGGCGGUGGCAAGACUAGCAGCUGCAAUUAUCCUGACAGUGGCUGUCCUUGA